AUGCAGAACAGCCAGGGGUCGCUGGGCAACAUAAUUCCUUCGACCCGUUUGGCUGCUUCGGUGAACAGCCUGGCGAGUCAGGUGUCUGUACACCCCAAAGACCCGCAGCAGCAGCAGCAGCAGCAGCAGCAGCAGCAGCUGCAGCAGCAGCAGCAGCGGAAGGCUGAUGGGCUGGCGCUGGAAGCAGCAGCAAACUCUCUUGCUGCUGUUGCCCAGCUCGCCAACAGCCGGCUGGCGGAGGCGUUGGACUCCUACGUGUGGGAGCACCCGGUUGAGGCUCACUAUUUGCUGCAGUCGCUGACGGGGUCUUUGCAGCUGCUGCUGCUGCUGUGGCAGCAGCAGCAGGGGAAGCCGCAGCUAGGCCGGCUGCUGGGCCAAGAAGAGGCCCUGGGGGAGUUGGCGUGGCUGUCUGGCAGCAGUUUGGGGAAGCAGCAAAUUGUCACGAGAGCAGCAGGAAAAGUGCUGCUGCGGCUGAGCGUGGCUAGCCGCUACUUCGCGGAGAACGGCAUCAGCAGCAGCAGCAGCAGCAGCAGCAGCAGCAGCAGCAGCAGCAGCAGGGGGGCGGGCGCCGCGCCCGACGAACUCACGCAGCAGCAAAUCAAACACUGCAGCACACUCUUCGCCCACUACUUGAGGGCCGCAGCUGGCAACCCGCCAGCCAGCUAG